AUGUUCCUGACCUGCGAAGGGACCUUCGGGAUUGUUCCAGCCACCAUGGAUUACAAUGGGGAAGCCAGGCCGGGGGAUUUUCAUGCUGGCUAUCAAGAAAUCGAAGGGAUAAACUUGGGAUACUUACAGAUCAAUGGCACCCAGAUGUUUGCUUUGGCCCAGGUCCUCAGCGACCUGUUUAAGGAUAUCCCCAGGACCACCAUCAGCAAGAAGAUGGAAACCUUAAAGAUCAAGAGCCGACGCUGCGAUCUCAAAGAGCUCCGGACCCUCAAAGCCAUCAACUCGGUGCCCACCCGCGCGCCGCAGCCCCCCCGGGAACCCCUCGGCGAGGAGCGCCCGGCCGAGCCUGCCCCGAGCGUGGGCAAAGCCCUGCGCCCCGACCCCGACCUCCUCUUCCUCUCCCAGCAGCUCUGGGCCAGGACUUUGCGAGCAUCAACUUUGGAAAGUUUGAGCCCGGUUGCAGCCCUGGGCUCGGGGAUCCAGGCGCUGCCGGAGCUCAGCAGCCCUGGGGGGGCUCCGCAACAAAAGGAGGGAGGCUUUGGGGACGCGGAGCCCUGCGCCAAAGGGAAGGAUUUGCACAAAGAUGCCUCGAACAAUAGAGCCUCGUUAGGCCCCAGUGACCAGGCAGGGAGGCAAAGCGGAGCUUCAGCCGGGCCGGUGCCUGCCCAAGAACCGGCCCCGGGCUCGGCCCCGCAACCCCCGGCUCAGGAGCUGGCGGGGAGCCCCGGCCAGGACCCCCCCGGGGAAACGGGGGAGCCCCGGCGGGAGCACUUUGACCGGCUGAUCCGGCAGUCCAAGCUGUGGUGUUACGCCAAAGGGUUCAACCUGGACGGGAAAAGUUUGCGGCACGGAGGGAGGACGGAGCCCUGCAAAGCUGCAGAGCUCAAAUCCCCCGGCUCCAAAAGAGCAGAGAGCCCCAGCACCUUGUCAAACAAAGCUUUGAAAGGCAAUGGCUCGGAAAGGAAUGCCAAGCGCAGACGCCUUGCCAGAGGCGCUGAGGCAGAAAGGCAACAGAGCUCCUCUAAAGGGAGGCCACAAAAGACUCAAAGGAGGAAUGCCAAAAAGGGAAACACUCAUUGCAAACGCCUCGGCAGCGCCGGGCCAACCCCGCCUCGGAAUUCCUUCAGCCUCAUGGGCAACUUCCCCUGUAUUCCCUCCCUGGUCGUGGGGGAGGAU